GGGUAAGCAGCCAUAGCGUGCGCCUCUGUCUCUCUUUCCCUGUCUGAAGAGCUUGUGAGAGGAGCUAGUUUUUGUUCUCCGGUUUGCAUAGACGUCGUUUCACCAAUUAAAAUAUGGGGUGUUGUUUCAGCAAAGAAUUGAACCCUAACUUGGUCAGCGAGAGAACAAGUCUUCUUCAGGCAGCCAUUCCAGAGGGCUACAAAGCGAAAGACAUCAGAGACUGUGCUUGGUCCUCCGCCGAUCUGGCCAUCGAGAAGCCUUCUCAAAAUGGGAAUGUGAACGCUGCUUUGGAUACCAGUUGUAAUGCUUCCUCCACAAACUUGUCAGUAGGUCUCAACCUCAUUAAAGAGGGCGGAAGCAGUGUACAGGAAGGAAUGGCAUUUUGGGACCAACCUGUCGGUGAUCCACCUAUACACAAGACUGCAGUCCAGAAAGGAAAUGCCAGUGAAAUGGGAAGAGACAAUUGCCAAAUAAAGAAAACUGAAACGUUGGAUUCUGUGAAACGGAGAAUAGCUGAAAAUGCCAUAAUGAGAGCAAAAUGGUUUUGUGAUGGUCAACAGUAUUCCACAGAAUUAUCUCAAGAUGGCAAGAGUGAGAACACCACCCUCGUACAAAAUGCCCUGUGUAAAAGUCCAUCUGGUUUCUCCGUUAUUGCAAAAGAGGAUCAAGUUAAGACACCGUGGGAUGUACAAUCAAAACCUGUUUCCACUCCAAAGCAUGCCACCUCUCAGUUCAAUAAAUGCUCUGGGAGCUCAAUAAAUCUGGAUGACUCAGAAGAGGUAAAAUCUGGACUGUUGAUCACUGACCGUGGCUUUAAAAGAGAACAGAGUUUCUACAGCAUUUGCUUGAUUGAUUUAGAGGAUUUUGGGAGUGAGUGUGGGCACCAGCCCGUGACACAAGCUGAUGCAAUCAGGUACGCAAGCACGCCAGCUGUCUCUGAAAAGACUUUGUUUGAUAAUUCAUUACUCCCGAAAGACCACACAAUAACAGGUUCAUGGCCUUCACAUGAGAUUACAGAAACACGACAAACAGAAAAAUAUCCCUCAAAGAGAACUUUAGGGUCUUCUACAAAUCUACCUUUAAAUUUAGCACUUCCAAAUGAAGAACAUGCCCUCCCAGAUCUUCUAAAACCAUUUCCUGUUCAAGAAAAUGAAAGGCUUUUAUCUGAAAAUGACAUUUCCACUCCUUGUACAGAUACAGAGAACACACUUUCUCCUUCUACUGCUGUAGAGGAUGCUAUUGAUCAACCCUCCCCAGAUCUGCCUGCCCGAAAUGAACCGAUGUCUGUUUUGAAGUCAAGUACAGAUACCGCAAUGCCACAGGGGGAACCUGCUGACCCACUUAACAACCAUGAUCUUUAUAGUAGCUCUGGUUUCAAGGCUACAAAUCUGGAGAACGGUUCUGAGCUCAACAUGCAUAAUGCCAUUUUUGAUGAAUCUAUGUUGAGACCACCUCUGCAAGAUCUAUAUGGUCUUCCAAAUGAAGUAGAACUGGAAAAUGAAUGUAGAAAUGAUGAUAAUAGAGAAUCAAUGAACCUAAAGGUGGAGAAGAAACCCAUUGAGUCAGAUAAUGUUGAUUACUUCAUUUCUUCUCUUGGCAACACAACAGAUAGAUCUACAAACCUUAGUGUAGCUGCCGUGGAAUCAGAUCAAUUUGUUUUCAAGAACACCCCUGCGGAGAAAGUUCAGAAACAAAUGCCUCAGGCUCUUUCAGCUGUCAGCACAUCUGCAUUAGAAAAGUUAGUUAAGACAGAGGACCAAAGGUUUUCUUGUAAAGAUGCCUCUGAAGACAUUGGAAAUGUAAGGUUUUGCUCUGAGACCCCACUGGCUUCUGAUAAAGAAGACAACCUGUCAAAAUCACCUCCCUGUUGUAGAGCUGAAAUUGAACCAAGACAAAAUGCAACGCAGGAGGAGGUCAUUCUGAAUGCUUUCCAGUGCAGUAUAUUGCAAACUGAAAUGCAGACAGAUGAAUCUGUUAUCUUCAAGGUUGCUGGUGUGGUUCAGAGUAUGAGCAGUCUAUCUCACGCAGAAGGUAUUAGUUUAGAUCUUACUUGUAAUGCUGAAGAAGACAUGACUUUAAGCACGCAUGUCUACACUUGCGGUGCAUUUCCCACUGACCAGACAAAGAUUGUGUCAGAAUCUUGUGACAAUCCAAACAGGGAACAGAAUGUAGAACCAAAUGCUAAGUUUGCAAAUGCUGAACCAUGUGACAUGAGUCCAUCUCAGCUUCCUACAAAUGCUCUUGUGAACUUUGAGCAUUUGCUGGAAGUAACUGGUAAAUGUGAAGAAGCUGAUUAUCACAAUGUAAGUUCUUUGAGUUCUUCUGUUGUUGAUGAUGUUCACACAAUAUCUGUACCUAUACCUGCUUCUGAUCGUCCUGUUGAGGAAAAUCUCUUCCACAGCAAUUCCACCUGGUUUGUAAAUGCAUCACACAAUGAUGUCUGUAAUAAAGGACAUCCAGAAAGCAUUGCAGCGAGUUAUUUAAUACAGGCAGGAUUGGGAAGCGAAAUGCAUGCAACAGCACAAGAGCAAGUCAUGGACAAUGAAAUAAGAGAGACUUGUUUACAACAUGAUGAGAAGACGCAUAUUGCCAGCAAAUGCUUCAGUGAGGAUGAACAGAAGUUAGUGGCUGAGAUUUGUUGGUGUGCUAAUGAUGGUGAAACCAAAAUGUCAAAACCUGAACCGCAGGGACUCGUACCAACUUUAGAGCUGCCUAAUUGCUUAAAUGAUGGGAAUAACAAUGACUGUUUGAAAUCUUUUUGUUCUGCUAGCAGUGAUGUACAAACACUGUCUCAACCACCAAGCCAGUCUGAAGUUUUGGAGACAUUUGAUUGCACUUUAUUGUCAGUAGACCGCAUGAGGGAAAGUGCUUGCCAGUACCCGGACUGUUCUUCAGGACAGCCAGUCACAGACACUCCGAGAUCUUUAGUUACAUCCAUUCAGGAGCACAGAGAACUUCAAGACAUGGGGGAAAUCAGAGGAGAUGUUGUUGACUGCAACAUUCCUCUCUUGAGUACUGCAAGACUAUCAGUUGACACUGGAGAGGGGCAGGCGUGUGCCGUACAAGGCCAUUGUAGUGAUUAUGCGUCCAUUGAGAGCUUGACAACUACCAUACCUCAUGUUUCCCAACUUAUAACAAGCAAUCUUGGAGUUCUUGAUUUUGAUCAGUGUGCUUUAAAAGUCAGUGUUAAGGAUAUGAAUGAUAAAGCUGCUUAUGUAAAUGCAGCAAUUCCGCUGCCAGUAGAGCCUGAUCAGGUUGAUAUUUAUGCCACAUUGCCAUCUCACGAGAUGUAUUUCCUCAAUAAAGAUCAGUUCACAGUUUCGGUGCAUUUGGAAAACACUCAGGACCCGGGUGAAAUGGAGGAAGAGCAAGUCAUGCUGAAUAUGGUUUCAGACCUUCUUGGGAAAUCAGAGUUGAGUGAUUUUGUGCACUCUAGUCACUGCCUUCCGGCGUGGGCCAAAGAACCACAUGUCCUGUUAUCUGACAACGAAAUAGAGACAUGUGCGUUGGUGUCAGCAUGGGACAACAAUGCUGUCUCUGAGGCUAGCCUUACUGUGCAAAAUGAUGAACAGGAUGCUGAAUCGGACUCUGUUGCUCUCCCAGAGGAUUUCCAAACUUCUAUGGGUUUCAUAGCAUCCUACCCAUAUAACCUGUUAGCAACUGAAGGAUCCUGUGUAUGGGACUGGCGGAAUGCUUUUAGUGAACUCGAAUCCUCCAAGAUCUCAUACCUUAAUCCCAAUGCAAAGGCAUGGGCCAAUUACAUGCAUAAACCGGAGGCCUCUGCUCCAACCAACCCAGAUUCUCAGCAGGCAUGGGUAGAAGCAGCCGGUGACCCAUCAAACUGCAUCUCACAAGGUUAUAACAACAGUGAAGGCAAAGGGAACUGGAAUGAGGAACAGCAGGUAUCUACAUCUGUAGAGCUGCCCUUUGCAGCACAGCCAGAAUCAGUGUACAUGGGAAGCUCAGCCAGUGAGAAGGGCAUUGUGUCAAACCAGGAUACCAGUAUGAAAGGGGUGGAUGAUUCAGACUCCUCCAGACAGCUUGAAGACCUUCGAGAACAGUUGAAGGCAACACUGGAGUUCUGCCUUUCUAGGGAGAAUCUAGCCAAUGACAUGUACCUCAUCUCACAAAUGGACAGUGACCAAUAUGUGCCAAUAGUGACUUUGGCAAACCUUGAUCAAAUCAAGAAACUCAGCACUGAUGUGGAUCUCAUUGCAGACAUCUUAAAAAGGCUGCCUCUUGUCCAAGUGGACAUAUGUGGAGAGAAAGUGCGGCCCAAUCAGAACCGCUGCAUUGUAAUUCUCAGAGAGGUUCCCGAGGCUACUCCUCUGGAGGAAGUUGAAGCGCUCUUUAAGAGCGAUAACUUGCCCAAAUUCAUCAAUUGUGAGUUUGCGUACAAUGACAACUGGUUCAUCACCUUUGAAUCUGAGGCAGAUGCUCAGCUGGCAUAUCAGUAUCUCAGAGAAGAGGUGAAAACUUUUCAAGGGAAGCCAAUAAAGGCUAGAAUAAAGGCAAAGGCCAUUGCCGUCAAUACUUUUGUGCCAAAGAAUGGGUAUCGGCCAGCGGAUGUGUCCUCAAAUGUCCAGCAGCGCUACACCCCUUACUACAUCCCACCUGUGUAUGGAGCACAGCAACAGUUUCCUCUUUACAGACUGGUGCCUCAGGGCUGGUCAGCUACACAGAGCUACCUGGACCCGACUCUGGUAACUCCAUUUCCCAGCCCUGCGUUCAUUAACGGCUUUGCUGGUUCUCCAACAUUUAAAUCAGCAACAUCUCCACUAACUGUCAGACAGUAUGAACCUCGAAACAGGAACCACAACAGAACACACAUUCGUCUAACAACAACAGAACAUGGAACCACUUUGCUGGAAAACCCUGCUGCUUUCUCUACUUUCCCUUCGGAGAGAGUCCCCAAUGGGACACGUCCUCCACAGGCUCAUCACCUGGGUAGCCGACCUCGACUACCGAGCGGUCCGUGCUAUCCACGCCGGGACCAAGUUGGAAAUGGACGAAUGGAGGUGAACGGGGCCGAUUACUCUCUGAAUGCAGGCCGUGGAAGAAGGGGUGGCUAUGGAUACAGGAAAAGGAGAGAUGACAACAAGUUUCCAAGAGCAGCAACACAGUCACCUCCUCCUCUUCAAGAGCGCACUCCGUCCCCCAGCUUUGAGCUGGGCCUGUCCAGCUUCCCUCCUCUGCCUGGAGCCGCAGGAAAUCUAAAGCCUGAAGUAAAAACUGAAAACAGCCUUGAAAACAGACUGUCUGACGUUGUCACCGGAGCAGUUAAAGACAAGCCUCUAAAUAAAGAUGUGGUCACCAGCCGUGUGAUUUCAGGGACCCCCAAAGAAUCUGUGCAGGCUGCUCCUGCUCCUGCUGCUCAGACCCCAGUGGACCACCAACACUCACCCUCUCCAGCCCUUACAAACCUGACAACUAAAGAAAAACCUAAAGAGAAACAGACACCUGCUGAGAAGUGCUCCGAGACAAAAGCUGCUAAAACCACACCACUGAGCAAUCCAAUAACGGAGCCCCGGAAGCCAAGCUAUGCUGAGAUCUGUCAGAGGAUAAGGGAGGCACCAACACAGCAGCCAUCAGCAGAUUCCCGGCCUCUCAGCUCCACUGCUGAAGACAUCUAGACUUCUGACUCAGCAGAACGCAGAUGCAGAGAAUCAGCACCUGCAACUGCCAAAUCUGCGGCGACAGCUUGUCCCAGAGAGACAGUGAAACCUUAUCAGAGCAGUGGAGAACGAGCGAGCGGCGGUACAACGGCUUCCUUCCACCAAUCCUGAGGGCCUUGGUUUUAUUUCCAGGACCGAACGGGAACGAAAACUUUAUCAGGGCUGCUCAAAAAAAAAAAAAAAAAAGUCCCUCUUAUCUCAUGGUCUCUGUGAGGACACACACAGACAGACAGACAGCUUGUCACUGGAAUCAGGGCCUACAUACAAAAGCACUUGUGCAUAAGGGUUCUCGGAAUAUUUUUGUUGUCAUUUUAUUUUUCGAUUUACAAGAUUUUUUUUCCGUUGUUUUCCAAGGAAAAUGGGAUUAAUGAACCAGCAUCAGUUGGGAGAUGAACUAUUUAAAAACAUUUUUCAGAGCUCACCUUUAUUUUGGGGUUAGAACUUCAAGUGCUGUUGGGAGGAAAUAGUGAUUUUUGUAUAGUGCUGAUCGUGAAACACUUUAUUUGUGUGUUUUCUUUCCUUUUUUUUUUUUUUAACUGAUAUGUAUAUAAUUUUGCUAACCUUGAGUGUCUUUGUGACAAGGCGAUUCCGAAUCCCGACAGUCCCAGCCAUUAAAACUGCAUGAGUGAGUCUUUCGUGUAAAUCUGUUUUGUUCCGUUUUUAUAUUUGGAUGUUCCAGCACUGGAGUAAAUUUUUUUUUUUUUUUUUUUUUUGAGCUCUGAAUUAUUUUUUUACAUGCUUAAUCCUCUAUCAAAUUGUACUGAUGUGAUAUUGUAUACAGGUGUAUGUAUACCUGUUCUUGUGUGCAUGCUUUCUUUUACAUUGUUGUUCUUUUCUUUUUAACCUUUUAAUGGCACACAUUGGUCUCCUGUAUCAUUUCUUUUCUUUUUUUCCCUACUCGCCAAUAGUUUGGGAAGAACCGCUCUGAUGCCUCUUCAUUCAAUUUUGAAGAUCGUCACACUGCAAAGUCCUCAGGUUGGGAGGGUGAAGUAUUCAUGUGCCUAGUCUGCUGUGAUCUAAAUGAUAGAUGGCUAUAUUAUUUGCUUCUUAACUUUGUUUGCUAUCCCAGUGUGGUGCUAUGGUUCGUCACAUGGUUUACUUUGGUGCUUUUAUCUGUAGAAAUAAAGGGAAAGACACUGACAUGCACCAACGUCUAUCGUAUGACCUUCACUGAUUCGCUUUCAUAUCACCACAACUAUAUGAGUGGGAUUGUGUACAUUUUAUAUAGUGACGCAUAUAUCAAGAGCAAAAAGAUCUGAGCCUUCAGCACACAUGGACCAGCGCUGUUUUGUGGGUUUUCUGCAGACUUUGCGUUUCAGUCUCUGUCAUGCUGUUCAUUAGUUAAGUUAAUUGAUUCUCAUUUGAGUUUGAAAUCAUCUUGGGCUGAGCGAGACAGUUUUUUUUUUAAUGUCUUCCUGCAGCGUGAAGCACGUGCAGAAUGCUUUGAGAUGUUGUCAUGGUGUCUGUUGGUUAUAUUAUCUUGUAUCUUCCCUGUGAGUGUUUUUUUCCCUCUGUUAAUCAAAAACAAAAAGAAGCUUUUGUUGAUUUUUAUUUUUCGACUUUCUGAAUGCAACUGAUAAUUUUUCCAUCAAUAAAUGAAGCAUACCUUGGUUAAAGUAAUGAAGGUUUCAUUACAUAAACCUUUAAGAUGUUCAAAAAAAAAGAAGCAAAUUUAAAAAAGGAAACAUCACAUAUAAAUUAAGUGUUUGAAAACUUGAAUUUUAUUUAAACUUGAAAAAAAAAGUCUCUGCCUUAACUUUUUAGAUGACCGUUUUUUUUUUUUUCAAUUCCUAAAGUGUAGAAAAAAGGAUGAUGUGGUUGAGGUGUCACAAAGCCUUCAUCACUACAUUUGUGUAGCACAAUACUUUUGGGAUUAUCGUUUUGUUUUGUUCUCCUCUGUGUAAAUGCUUGUAGUCUAAACUGUAGUACAUGUAUACACUCGUAUGUGUGUGCUUUCUCUGUACAGAUGUAAAUAAUUGGAAAAUGUUAAAAUGGUACCCAAAAAUUGGUUAUGAGAAAAUGUAUGGAAAAAAUUAAUAAAUGUUAAUGAGAAAUUG